AUGUUUGACAACGGCGGCGGCUUCGACUUGGUUCUCGCCACAAUCGUGCUCUUUCUGGCCAUGCCCAUGGUCUUCUACGGCGCUGGCAUUCCCAUGUACUCGGCGCUCGUCUCGUGCUUCUUCUACGCAUUUACCUUUGCGUGGAUGUUUGGUCGCGCCGUCUCGAGCGACAUCACGGUCGGCGGCGCUGUCGCCUUUACCGUCUUUGCCUCCAUCGCAUUGGUCACGCCGUGUCUGGCGCCGUCCUCGCGCGGUUUCUUGAUUGUGGGUUUUCCCGCCUUUGCGCUGACGGCGGCCUUCAGCAGCGCGGCCUCCCCAUUUCUCGUGCUGCUUGCUGCCACCGCCGUCAGUGGCGCGCUUGGUGGUUGGGGUGGCCGCCACGAGCGUGCGCAACUUCUCUCGACGGCGCUCAGUGGCGCCCUAAUGAUCACACUCGCGAUCUCCGUCUACGUCAUCGGGAAAGACACGGGCUCUAGCAGCUACUCGACAACGUUCAAGCUUGAGCCGAACCUUGUCGUGGGCCUCUUUUUCAGCACGUUGCUCGUCGGUCUCCUCAUUCAGGCCCAGUGCACCAAGCCAUCGCCGGCGGCUGCGGCCAACAACAACAACGACGCCCCGUACCAGGCUGCGUGAGCGACUUGAUACGUACAUUGUAGUCCGUUCUUGCAUUAUUGUCCCUAAUCUAACUUUGCU